ACAAUAUCCCCUACCUGGGUUGUUAGAGGGUGAAGACAGAGGAUAGCCCAGAGGGCAAGGCAAGGCUUAGGAUGGGUCCUGGACCAUAACGUGAGCAUAUACGGAGCCAAAGCCACGGCUGCUACCCACAAUGGGUAACUACAACUCGAGAAAGAAAAGCAAGGCUCCUAAGCAAGGACGGAAGGAGAAACCUCCAGAUAUGGAGAAGGCCAAGAAGAAGAAGCCCUUCUUUGGCCACUUGAAGAGAAAAUCAAGUCCCAAGAUUGUGCUGCUCCUGCCCUUGGACAAGAGGAACCAACUGGCAGAGACCAGCAUACCCCCUGGACUCUGGGCAGGGAGGCCAGAGGAUGAGGCUGGGGCAACAGCAACACUAGCAGCCUCCUCACUGAGAGGAGCAGGUGAUGGGACUGAUCACCGGGAGGACUCUCAGACUCAUGAGAUGAAGAAGAUUUUGGUCUUCUUGCUACUACUGGAUGCCCACCUACAAGAGGAGUGGUGGGGAAUGGAUGGUGGUACCAAGGGUGCCCAGACCUGGCAGGACCUUCACACCCAUCUGUUGUCUGAGAAUGAGACUGAGGGCGAGGCUGAGGCCCAGCCACAUCCACAAAGGCACUGGCACCGGACUCGUCACCAGUGCUGAGCCUCAGCAGGACAGGCAGGACAAUAAAACCAUGGAGCAUU